AUGUCAAGAGAUGAUAGUCAUCUCAGUGCAAAGAAGCCAGCUGCUGCGUCUGGACACGACUCCAGCGAGCGCUUACAAAGAACGAAAUCAUUGGCAUUUGACAAUGCUCAUCUGGAUCCGAAAUUGGAGGAAUUCUUCCGUUAUUAUAAGGCUAAGGGUUUCGACAAGUUACAACAGGAUCUCUCGACAGAACGCGAAGAGACGUCGAAUAAGGCACCUUCCGUUUCAUCCUCCAUAUCGUCAGCAUCCCGUUCAGAUAAGAAGAAGUCGACAAUACAAGUCCAGUUCGAUGUACGUGGAAGACCCAUCCCACCUCAUCCAGCUACUUCACCUUGGCCUUCAGCCAUGGUGCAUGAAAAGAAAGCAGUGCCUGCAGGAAUGGCACCAGUGGACUCUGCUGGUCAACAGAGCUCGAACUCAGGCUCAAGACUAGGCUUUCUACGUCGUCAUCACAGCUCUGCUAGUGAUUCUACAUUGAGCCGCACAACCUCAGCAGCAAAGGAAUCUCCAGCUAAGCCUACAGCGGUGGUCAUUCCUGGUUUGGAGAAUUUGCCAAAGUUGAAACGGGUAUCGUUUGACGUUCCUGUAUUCUUCAACGACCCUCCUCAACAGAUCCCUUCAAGAACACCAAGAAAGGGUGAAGUUGAGAUUUUGAAAGAUGGAAGCAUUGUCAUCCAUAAGUUGUCUCUUGCAGAAAGAAGACAGAUCUUGACUCAAGGUGGUGGUGGGUUGGUCGUUGGUGGAUCUGGUCAUUUGAAGAUCACAACACAACCUCCAGAAGGAGAAGCGUUGAAACAAGCACACGAAUCAGAGCAUACUGAUGAAUCCCCUGGAUCCCCUGUAUCCCCAACAGACUCAAUCGACUCAGAUAUCUCUGAGAACGAAGGUCAUAGUCGUGCUCGUGCUGUUGCAGCAGCUGAAGCAGCAGCUGAAGCCAGAGGCCAUGAAGCUCCAAAUGAGUUAUCUCGUACACGUACAAACUGUGAGGACGAAGUCACUGUCAGUACACACGCUACAAAGAUCAACAUUGACAAACCAAUGAUACGUCACAACAAGAGCUCUGCAUCGCUAGCUACAAAUAGUACUGGUACAGACAUGACUGUGGAUCAAGAUGGUGUCUAUCCCCCACAAGAUACUAAAGUGCCAUUGGAUGUGUUGUAUACGAGAUGUUGUCAUUUGAGAGAAAUCUUACCAAUUCCUGCAACCAUGAAACAGAUCAAGCCAAAAUCUACAGAUCCAAUUGCUUUGCUUCAGUUGAGAAAUCCUAAACCAUCUCUAGUAGAGGUUUUAACUUUCAGUGACUUUAUUUCUAUUGCUCCUGUCCUAUGUGUCUCUCUAGAUGGUGUUUCAUUAAGUUCUGAAAUGUUUAGAAUCAUCUUGAGUGCAUUGGUGGCCAAAAAAGAGUUUGAAAAGUUGACUUUGAGAAAUACACCUAUCGAUGAAAUGGGGUGGAGAUUGUUGUGCUGGUUCUUGACAAAGAACAAGUCGUUAUCUCGUAUUGAUCUCACAAACGUUCCAAGUUUGCAUACCAAUGUUCAGAAGCCCUCAAAGACGUCUACUCCAUCUACUAUUGUACGCAUGGAAUGUGAUAUGAACUCGAGAAGUGAUAUGAACUGGAACUUAUUCAACGCUGCGCUAAUGUCUAGAAAUGGAGUGGAAGAGCUGAUUAUUAACGGUGCGAAAAUGAGUGAUGAAGAGUUCGCUAAUUUGAUAGAUUUGGGUGUUUCCAUAUCUACGAAGAGACUUGGUUUGGCAUAUAACGAUUUGACCAAGAACCAGGUUAUGGUACUUGGAUCCAAACUUGACGUUACCAAAGUCAUCGGUCUCGAUUUGGGAUACAACGAUUUGAGUACUACGAUUAAAGAUUUCUUGGGUGCAAUGACCGAUGAACGUAUUCGUCAGGCCAACUUUAGAUUCUUAUCCUUCAACUCGUGUAACUUGAACAACGAUGGAGGUGUUGUGGAUCGUUUCAUCUCAAACAGUACUGGAUUAAAAGAUUUGAGGUACUUAGAUCUGUCCAACAACAAGAAAUUGUUCCCAGAAAUCAUGAUUGGUUUGGCACAAUGUCUACCACUGUUCCCAAGGUUAUCUAGAAUUCAUUUGGAGUACAAUGAUAUGAACCAGAAUACCAUUGUUGCCUUUGCAGAACUCAUACCAUUCUGUAAAUCAUUGUCAUAUGUAUCCUUGAUAGGUAAUCACAUUGAUUUCACUGCAGCAUCUGCCUUGGCCACUGCAAUUAAGAAUUCUAAAUCAGUGAUGACUCUUGACAUUGACUUUGAUGAGAUUCCAGCUAAGUUUAAAGAUGAAAUCAGUUUAUACACUGUCAGAAACAUGCAACAAGAGAUUUCAUCACACGGGCAAGUUGGCAGUGAUUUGGCUGAGAACGAGUUGAAUGACUUACAAGAGGAAAUCACAAAGUUAAUCACUGCACAUGACGACAACAACAUUGAUUCUAAGUUGGUCGAAAGACUAUUGAAGAAGACGUUGAGAGUCAGAAAGAAUAUUCACGAUUCCAUUGAUGAGCUUUUCAAGCUGAGAUUGCAAGGACAAUUGAACACUGAAGGAAAAGAAGCUCUAAUUCGUUUCUGUUUCAUUGAUAGUUCCAUUGAAAAGGGACUCCAUCUUCUCGGUAAGCGUGCCACCAUACAUGAUAUGAUUCAUAAGAUCGAAAUUGAGUCAAAGGAUUCGCACAGAUCACCACUCGCCGCCAACCCAAUGGCCAGAAGAUCCAGCACAAAUAUUGCGCUUUCAGACUAUAUGGAUACACAUGGACAUGCCGAACUAUUACCAUUUGGUGUCAGCCAGACACACGUUGAUCACUCUGAAACGCAAGCAAUUACGGAAGAUGAUCCUGGCCGUGCCAAGGACGAUAGUAAAUUGAAAGAGGAAGCUUCUGUCUUGAAGUUAGCUGGAAUGAUCAAAUCUAGUGGUUUAGUGGAUCAGAUCAUUGCAGAUGACCAAUUGGCUAAUGCCAUCAGUAAUAUUAGUGGUGAAGACCUCAAGAACUCGAUCCUUAAGAGCAACGACGUUGAUACCGUUAUGGAUGCACUCGAGAAAUUGAAGGAGAAGGGUGUCACGAUUGGUGAUAUCUAUAAAAAGUCGCACCCAUCUGAUCAUCAGGAUAAUUUCUUAUCAAAUAAGGAUCGUGAUAUCUUAACUCAAACCAUGCAAAACACUGCAUCAAAUAUGCCUGCGAAGAAGAUUGUUUCCAAUGUGAGCGAAGCUGACAGUGGAAGCGAGACUGAGAGUGAUACUGAAGAAGAGGAAGAACUGAACAAUGCUUAUGACCAAAUUUUAGACACAUUACAGAGGGUGAGAACAAGUACAGGUGCUUGA